UUGUUUUGACCUAAAGCAAAUGUCAAAUAUGCUGAUAACUGUCUUUGGUGACAUAUUGUGUCGAGCCCCCGGAUUGUAAAUAAAUAAACAAUAGCAGUAAAGUAAACAAUUUUGGGAGGUAAAAUGUCUAAAAAUCUGUUUUAUCGUAAAUUUCUUUUAAAUAGAGUGUCUGCUACUAAGGAUGUAAUUGACUAUUUAGAAAAUUUAUUAGCAAGAGAUGAAGAGUCCCUCAACCAUUCGUUUCAUAAAGUUAUGGUCCACAACUGGUUAGAAGAUGAUGUACAACUCUACAACACAAUCAAUGAAUACUACAAUGUUUUAUUUGUUCCUGUUGAUUAUGUUUCAAAACAAAAUAUCAGUUCCUUUUACACAAGCAGUCUUAGUUUCGUGACGAAAAUUGUCAAGAUGGAUUUCAUAUUUCCAUACAGACGAAAUAUGUUCAAUAUUGACAUACUAUUUAAUGAUAAGUCAUCAUCAGAAUGCUUUGAGAGUAGAACUACAAUAGAGGAGAUUGUCUCAUCAGUUGUAAGCAAUAGAUUUAAUAAUAAAAUGGAAUUAGAUUUGUCAAAUUUCUGUAAUGAUCCAGAAUUUGCCAAAAGAAAAAUAAAUUUUUACAAAAUAGAUCUACUAGCAAAUUUUAAAAUACUCAUGCUAAGAAUGGGACGGGAUGCAAAAAUACUGAACUUGAGCAAUAAUCAAUUAAAUCAAGUACCAUUAGAAAUAUUGAAUUUCUUUACUAGAGGAGACAUGAUUGGGCUCAAUUUAAGUAAUAACAAUAUUCCAUCAGUUCGAGAACAGUUUAGAGUGGGAAGUAAAGUAGAGUACCUGUGGUUAGAAGGAAAUCCAUUGUGUGAAGUGUUGGAACCAAAUGUAUAUAUUAAAAAGAUUCUGAUGAAAUUUCCUAGGCUAUUGGAAUUAGAUGGAGUGAGAAUAAAUCAAUAUGGUGUUAUUUACCCUAUUUUCAAACACUUCGUAGUAACAGCGCAAAAGAAAUCCAAAAUGGUGGUCGAAAAAUUUGUAACAAUGUAUUUUAAUCAUUACGACUCAAUGCCACGUACGAAGAUUAAUAUGUUUUAUGAUAUGAAUGCUGUUUUAACUAUCUCCACUGAUUUCUUUGAUAGUGAAGACCUGGCAAUGCCACACUAUGCUAAAUGUGUGCGUAACAUUAUGCAUCCUAUGAAAAGGGCAAGAACAGAAAACAAUAAAUGUAUAUUUAAAACCAGGAAUAAUAUAACCAAGUUAUUUGAACAAUUUCCUGAAUCUACACAUGAUGUAAACACAUUCAAUGUUGAUGUUUUGAAACAUGAUAGUGGACAGAUGAUUUUAGUUUUAGAUGGAAUCUUUAAAGAACACAAUGCAGUCUUAGAUAUCUAUAAAGAUAAUCACACAGGAGAUGCAGACAAUAAGAAAAAUAUCUCUGAAAACUAUUUGCAAUUCAGAAGAACAUUUAUUUUUAAUAUACAUACUGCAAAUGGCAUAUCUUUGUACCACAUUACUAAUGAAAUGUUCAGCAUAUCAUUAGCAGAUAGGGAAAGAAAGGAGAAUAGUUUUAAGUUUCCUAUAAGAAAAAUGAAUGACUAUAGCCUCAUAAAUCCUGAUAAAACUGAAAAGAAGUCAAUUAGUAAAGCAUUCAAACAUCUAACCACAUUGAAAAAGUCUGAAAUCGAUAGACGACUAAAGGCUCACAAUUGGAACAUAAGUCUCGCCUUAAAGGAGGUGAUCGAAGACUUGAGAAAUAAUAAGGUGUCUAGUGAACAUAUGGAGGAAGAUAACAGUUUUUCUGAUGUAUCAUCAGAAUUGGAUUAAACAAAUAAAGGAUUUAAAAAAAAAUUAAUACAUAUUAUAAAUGCGAAAGUUCAGAUGAAUGGAUAUUUG